AUGGCGAGGAAGGAGAAGUUUGGCAUCUUCGUCAUGUUCAGCCUGGGCAUCUUCAUCACUAUCACAUCGUGUAUCCGGCUGCAGUACAUCUCACGAUUCGGCCUGUCCGUGAACCCGACUUGGGACUACACGGAAACGAUUGUCUGGACAGGGAUCGAGCUCUCGGUCUCCAUCAUUGUGGUGUGCCUGCCUGCAAUGAGAAAGCUGACGAAACGCUUCAUCCCGUGGCUUGCAUCUACCAUAUCGAGUGCCAGUUAUGGCAAGGAUACGACUGUCUUCCUACAAAUCUUCCAAUGCAAGCCGGUCCAGUGGGCUUGGCUUGGAUGGCGGUUGGAGUACUACCGAGACCGCUGCUCCGACGUCCACCAACAUCAAUAUUGA